CGGUCGCCCCACGUGUCCCUUGCCGCGUCCCGUCGCCACCCUGCCCUGCGGAUCCGAUCCCAACAUGGCGGCGCCCAGCAAAAGGAGGAACGGCGAAGGCGCGAGCUGGUGGGCUGCGUUGCUCCUGGCGGCUGUGGCGUUGAGGCCGGGGGAGGCGGUGUCCGAGCCCACGACGGUGGCGUUCGACGUGCGACCUGGCGGCGUCGUGCACUCUUUCUCCCAGAACGCGGGCCCGGGGGACAAAUAUACAUGCACGUUCACCUACGCUUCUCAAGGAGGGACCAACGAGAAGUGGCAGAUGAGUCUGGGGACCAGCAAAGACCACCAGCACUUUACCUGCACCAUCUGGAGGCCCCAGGGCAAGUCCUACCUGUACUUCACGCAGUUCAAGGCGGAGGUGCGGGGCGCGGAGAUCGAGUACGGCAUGGCCUACUCCAAAGCUGCGUUUGAAAGAGAAAGCGACGUCCCCCUGAAAAACGAGGAAUUUGAAGUGACCAAAACAGCAGUGUCCCACCGGCCCGGGGCGUUCAAGGCCGAGCUGUCCAAGCUGGUGAUUGUGGCCAAGGCAUCCCGCAGUGAGCUGUGACCGGGAGCCCCCCGGCAAGGGUGGCUCUUCCCCAUCCCCGCCGAGGGAGCUGGGCCCUGGGAGAGCUGGCGCGUUACUGGUCUUCGGGGGGGGGGGGGGGGGCCACUGUCGGUCGAUGUCCUCUGAGCAUGGAGCACGGGUCUGGGACCCACUGCCCAUCUCUCUUACCGAAAGAGGCACUGACUGAGGCACUCGGUGGGGGACUCCCAGGGGGACUCCCGGCUUUUCUGAAACCAGUGCGUGCCUCCCUGUGGAUCUGGCCAGGCGCCAGGUCACUCCCUGGAAGAGCGAUCCUGCCGCCCUGCCUCCAAGCCUGCCGCUUUCUUGCAGUUUCCCCGGGGGACCUUCUUCCAGACUACCUGGGAGGAAAUGAAGUGUUCUUUCGUAUUUAAAUAAAUAAGACGAUUGAAGAGCUAC